GGGUCGGACGCUUUCACACAAAAAAGCCGGAAGCUGAACUCUGUGUGCUGUAGGUCAUCUUUUUGUGCAAAUUGUGUGUUUGUACACUUUCAGACAUGUUUUUGUCACUUUAGGACGAGCUCGUGUACACUUUUUGUUUUAAAGCAGCUUGUUUUACUGACGUCACUACUUGGUGUUUAUUGCAUGUUUCACUCAUGCAUUUAGUUUCUGUGGGUCUUUUAGCCCUCUAGAACCGUUUUAGCCUUUAAAUCCAGCACGAUUGUUGACGGUUAAAAUGAUGCGGCUGCCCAAAGGCGUCUCCCCGGCAUCGGUUCGGCCGGCCAGCCAGCCCAAGAUGAAGGUUCUGGCUAGCCUCCCUGCUAAAGCUGACUUCUUCAACACCGGCUUAUCUAGCCCGCCUUUGAGCACGGUACCGGUGGGCUACUUCAGCCAGAUCUGCUCCAACACAACCACGGUGGAACAAAGAACCCACAGCCUGUACUCGACCCCCCAUGGACCCGAAGCCAAGCCGGUCAGAUCAUCUACCGGACGGCUACCGGCUAAAAGGAAGCUGGAUCUGGAGGACCCAAUUUUCCUCCCUGAGUUUCGCACCCCUAAAGGCAAAGGCAGCAUUGCAGCAAGUCCAAGAACUCCAAAGUCACCGGGCGAGCGGACGAGAUACGACACCUCCUUGGGCCUGCUGACUAAAAAAUUUGUGGGCCUUAUUGCCGAGUCUCCCGAUGGAGUUUUGGACCUUAACUGGGCCACUGAGGUCCUGGAGGUCCAAAAAAGAAGAAUUUAUGACAUCACCAACGUCCUGGAGGGAGUCCAGCUCAUCCGGAAAAAGUCAAAGAACAACAUCCAGUGGUUGGUGGGGGACGUGUUUGAAGGCGGCGCCGGUGGAGGACAGAAGACUCGAGCCUUGAAGGAAGAGCUAGGAGACCUGGAGAGAGCAGAGCGAUCCCUGGACGAGCUCAUCCACUCCAGCGCCGCCCACCUCAAACAGCUCACAGAGCACAAAGACAAUCAGAAAUUGGGCUAUGUGACGUAUCAAGACAUUAGAUCCAUCGCCAGCCUCAGAGACCAGACGGUUGUCGCCGUCAAGGCCCCCUCUGAGACAAAGCUGGAGGUGCCGGACACGGCCGAGGGCUCAUUACAAAUCUAUCUGAAGAGCAAGAACGGCCCCAUUGAGGUGUACCUGUGUCCAGAGGAGGGUCUUGAAGACGCCAGUCCUGUUAAGAGCUUGGUCACACCCGAAAAGCCUACUACCACCCCAGCGCCACCGCUGAGUCUCUGCAUCAAAGAAGAAACUGUUGAAGCAAACGUGUCAACACCAGCCCCAGCUGCUUCCUCCUCCACCGCUGCGGCACCCAGCUCCUCUCUACUCGAUGUGGAGGGUCUUCUGGGUUUGCCUCCCAGCCUGCUCCAGAUCACAGAGGACCAGCUGCCCGGCACAUCCUUCACAGCUGACCCCAACACCCCCUUUGUGAGUUUCUCCCCGCCUUUGGACCACAGCGACUACCUGUGGAGCCUGGAGGACGGUGAGGGAGUGUCUGACUUCUUCGACACGUACGACCUCAACGAUCUCUUGUAGGAUGUGAAGGGACAUUUAGGAAGAAGUACACACUAUGAUGCUUGUUGUUCGGACUCCAAGGGUUGUGUUUUUACACCCUUAUCAAACUUGGCUGCAAUUCCCCUAAAAAGCUCAAUUCGUCAUAGGAGUUAUGACACAUGUCACAUAAUUGACAAAAACGGAGGGCGGACAGUGUUUAUAGUGCGUUUAACUCAGGAAUUAUGUCUUGCCUUUGCCCCCCAAAGUCUUAACGUCAUGCCAGCGUUUGACCCAUAGGGGGCAGCAUUGUACAGUCAGCUUUAAUAGCCGUUGUCCUGCAGCUUUACAGGUUUAAAUCACUGGAAGGAAAUAAACAUAAAGCCAUACCAGAGCACUGAGCACACAACACACGUCAACUGCAGUAGUUUAUGAACAAUGUGAAGUUAUUUCAACUGAGGUGCAUCAGUCUAAUUUAAUUCUGACCGCACCAAUUGCUCAGCAGACGGGGAUUUUGUUACCAUAGUGAGCCCUUGCUGUACAACAUCUGACCCAGUGAAGGAUCACUCACUCUGUCUGGAAACCUUGAUUCCAAAUGAUCUGUUUAAUAAUUGCUUUAAAUGAUUUAGUAAUGCUCAAUUACUAUUGUAUUGUGUUUCUGACAUUGUCAUGUUAAGGUCUUGUUUGUUUGUUUUUUUUGCCCCUUAACACAUUGUGGUUAUUUCAACUUUUAAAUUCUGAAUUUUAGCUGUUGAGUUAUUCCGAGACAUUCUCACCACUCGGAAAUAUUGAGUUGAUAACAUGGUUGCUAUUCUUUGGGCUUUUCCUCUCAGCUGUCCGAGAUAAGCUAAACGGUCCUGUCCUAACAGAAAAAAAAACUUGAAAGUUUGGGUGUGAAUUUGACAGCAUGGGAAGUAGGUUUUAUUGUGUGUGUGUGUGUGUGUGUGUGUUUAUUUUAAUAAUUUAGGUUUGGAGAAUUUGUAGUAAUUUCAAUAAGGAUUGUUUGCUUUUUGGUCUUUGUACAUAGGUGAUUUUGUAUUUAUACUUUUUUUUUGCUGAAUUGUUUUCAUGCAAGCUUUUUUUGUAUGACUUGCAGCACUUAAUAUUUUUUGUAAUACAGUAUUGUGUUUUGAACUUUAAAAUAAAUACCGAAGCCAUGGU